GCCCGCUAGCCCCGCUCUCUCUCUCCCUCCCGGCUGCCGGGCCGCGCAGCGCCAUGGCCGUGCCCUUCGUGGAGGACUGGGACCUGGUGCAGACCCUGGGCGAAGGCGCCUACGGAGAAGUUCAGCUUGCUGUGAACAGACGCACAGAAGAAGCUGUUGCAGUAAAAAUAGUUGACAUGAAACGUGCUGUGGACUGUCCAGAGAACAUAAAAAAAGAAAUCUGCAUUAAUAAGAUGUUAAAUCAUGAGAACAUUGUGAAGUUUUAUGGACAUCGUAGAGAAGGCAGUAUUCAGUACCUCUUCCUUGAGUACUGCAGUGGAGGAGAGCUCUUUGACCGAAUAGAGCCUGACAUAGGAAUGCCUGAACCAGAUGCACAGAAAUUUUUCCAUCAGCUUAUGGCUGGCGUGGUAUAUCUCCACAGUAUAGGAAUAACUCACAGGGAUAUUAAGCCUGAGAAUCUACUGCUAGAUGAAAGAGAUAAUCUCAAAAUCUCUGACUUUGGCUUAGCGACUGUGUUUAAACACAAUGGUCGUGAGCGACUGUUAAACAAGAUGUGUGGCACUCUCCCAUAUGUUGCCCCAGAACUGUUAAAGAGAAAAGAAUUCCAUGCAGAGCCAGUUGACGUUUGGUCAUGUGGGAUAGUACUUACUGCUAUGUUGGCAGGAGAAUUGCCAUGGGACCAGCCUAGCGACAGUUGCCAAGAAUACUGUGAUUGGAAGGAAAAGAAAACAUACCUUCCACCUUGGAAGAAGAUUGAUUCUGCACCAUUAGCUUUGCUCCACAAAAUACUAACUGAGAGCCCCACGGCAAGGGUUACCAUUGCAGACAUUAAAAAGGACAGAUGGUACAACAAACCUAUGAAAAAAGGUGUAAAGCGGGCUCGUGUCUCCUCAGGGGGCCUUUCAGACUCACCAGGUGGCUUUUCUAAGCACAUUCGGUCCGAUAUGGACUUUUCACCAAUGAAGAGUGCACACAGUGAGGAAAAAGUGAGCUACUCCACUUCUCAGCCAGAACCUCGCACUGGCAUUUCCUUGUGGGACAGCAGUCCAACCAAUAUCAACAAACUAGUGCAAGGGAUCAGCUUCUCCCAGCCAGCAUGUCCUGAGCACAUGCUAGUUAACAGCCAGUUACUUGGCACCCCAGGCUCAUCACAGAACCCAUGGCAACGCUUGGUGAAGAGAAUGACCCGUUUCUUUACAAAGCUGGAUGCUGACCGCUCCUAUAAUAGUUUGAAGGAGGUUUGUGAGAAGAUGGGCUAUGUCUGGAAGAAAAGCUGCACAAACCAGGUCACCAUCUCAACUACUGACAGAAGGAAUAAUAAACUGAUUUUCAAGGUGAACCUGGUAGAAAUGGAGGACAAGAUUUUGGUGGAUUUCCGCCUGUCUAAGGGUGAUGGGUUGGAGUUCAAGAGGCACUUCCUGAAGAUUAAGGGGAAACUGAAUGAUAUUGUCAGCACCCAGAAAGUGUGGCUUCCUGCCACGUGAUCCAGCUGCCAUUGGGAGGUGUAAUGAAUUGGAUGCUCCUACACUGAUACAAUUUUUAUUUUUAUUCUGCAUCAAGAAAUGGUUGUGGGUGCCAGUAUCUGAGAGUCACUUGUGAUGGAAACCCAUUUGUUUAGGGAUCUGUCUUGACACCAGGACAUUUCCUCAGAGGAUAGGCUUGGUAAAUACAUUUCCAGGGCCUCCUGGAUGAAUUUGGGAUAGUGAUCAUUAAAGUGUUCCUGGCUGUAGUAAGUUAGCUGGUGGCAUGCCUUCCUAUUGCUAGCUACUGGCAUGAGG